CAGCUCCCUCCGACAGGCCGGAAGCGGAGACGGCAGUGGAGGCAAACACUGCGCCCCGGCUCGGUCUCUUUGUCCAUCCGCCGCUCCGCUCAAGACGUCCGCCGCGACACCAUGGCCAAUGUCGCCGAUACGAAGCUGUACGACCUCCUGGGAGUGUCCCCGUCCGCCACGGAGAACGAGCUGAAGAAGGCAUACAGGAAGCUAGCUAAAGAGUACCACCCUGACAAGAACCCCAACGCCGGUGACAAGUUUAAAGAGAUCAGCUUUGCCUACGAUGUGCUCACCAACCCCGAGAAGAAGGAGCUGUACGACCGCUACGGGGAGCAGGGCCUGCGGGAAGGGGGCGGCGGCGGCCCCGGGAUGGACGACAUCUUCUCCCACAUCUUCGGGGGCGGGCUGUUCGGCUUCAUGGGCGGACAGGGGGGUCGCUCCAGGAACGGGGGCCGGAGGAGAGGGGACGACAUGGUCCACCCACUCAAGGUGUCGCUGGAGGACCUUUACAAUGGAAAAACAACCAAACUACAGCUUAGCAAGAAUGUACUGUGUAGCACUUGUAAUGGGCAGGGGGGAAAGACGGGGGCCGUACAGAAGUGCACGGCGUGUCGGGGGCGUGGCAUGCGCAUCAUGAUCAGACAGCUGGCUCCGGGGAUGGUCCAACAGAUGCAGUCCGUCUGCACCGACUGCAACGGCGAAGGGGAGGUCAUCAGUGAGAAGGACCGCUGUAAAAAAUGUGAGGGGAAGAAGGUGGUGAAGGAGGUGAAGAUCCUGGAGGUGCACGUGGACAAGGGCAUGAAGCACGGCCAGAAGAUCACCUUCGGAGGAGAAGCCGACCAGGCGCCGGGGGUGGAGCCUGGAGACAUCGUGCUGGUCCUGCAGGAGAAGGAGCACGAGACGUUCCGGCGAGACGGGAACGACAUAUUCAUCACCCAUAAGAUCGGCCUGGUGGAGGCGCUGUGCGGCUUCCAGUUCAUGCUCAAGCAUUUAGACGGCCGGCAGAUCGUGGUGAAGUACCCGGCGGGCAAAGUCAUCGAGCCAGGCUCGGUGAGGGUGGUGCGAGGAGAGGGGAUGCCGCAGUACCGAAACCCCUUUGAGAAGGGAGACCUGUACGUGAAGUUCGAGGUCCAGUUCCCCGAGAACAACUGGAUCAGCCCGGAGAAACUGGUGGAGCUGGAGGACAUGCUGCCCUCGCGGUCGGAGCCCCCCCUCAUCACCGGGGAGACGGAGGAGGUGGACCUGCAGGACUACGACGUGAGCCAGGGCUCGUCGGCGGGCGGCCGCAGAGAGGCGUACAACGACAGCUCCGACGAGGAGGGGGGCCACCACGGGCCGGGGGUCCAGUGUGCCCACCAGUAACCUGACGGCCCCCCACCCCACAGUCUGCUGCAGCUCAUCACAAGUCACAUGUCCAGUUCCCACCUGCAGAGAGAGGAGUGUGUGUGUUUGCGUGCGUGUGUGUGUCUGCCCCCCCGCCCACACUGAGACCAGUCUUUGAGGAGAAUGUUUCUUGUUUGCUGAGCUGUCCUUCAUUUUGUUCCCAUAGUAUUUACAAGAGUUAAUUUAAGAAGCUAACCAAUGAGACGUGGAGCUGAGCGCUGAGAGCAGAUCGGGACUCGGCGCCAUUCGUAGGAUUUUGUUUCAGAUUUUUACAGCUUUAUUAUUUUCUUUGUAGGUUUUUGGUAUAUAUAUUUUUUUCCUUUCUAUUUUAAUUCCAACCGAAAAUUGGUUCUUGUGUAUAAGAUUGAAGUUGUUGUUUCAUCAGCUGCUGUGUGUGACUUUAAACCCAAGAGAAAAGAGAAAAGCUAUAGUCUGUAUCCGUGCUGAGACCAUGUGCAUGUUCACAGCUUUGGUUCCUGCACUUCAAACAUCCAGUGGAGCAGCACACUUCUGCAGAAAUGUAUAUGGAGUCCUGAAAUAAACAUUUGAAGUAUCCCAUGA